GUCGGUGGUGUCAGUUCUGCACGCGAGCCGAACAGCAGCAGGUGUGCGCCGAAUCCCCGCUGCCCGCGACAUAGGAGCGACAAGGGGCCGGGAUACGCGAGCUUGGCCGGAGAGCCGAACGAGCUCGGGGAUGACGCGGCGCCGAUGAGGAGGAGGCGCCGGUCGAACAACGUGAUCACGGCCGAGGGACACCGGCGACUCGGCACAGGAACAGAAGCGAACAUGCGAGCCGAUAACUCCUGGCACGAGAAUGAGGAGGCCGAAUCGACGUAACGAUCCACGGCAGGAUGGCCACUCGCCCGCUGCUGAGUCUGGCGCUCCUCGGCGUCGUUCUCAUCUCCUUCGCUCAUGGACGAGGAGUGGUGCUGGACAGCCAGGGGCCAGUGCUGACGUCGGAGCCCCGUUCCUCCGUCGAGUUCUCCAACGACACGGGAGCGAUGGUCCACUGCUCGGCGAACGGAAGUCCGAUGCCGCGGGUCGACUGGCUCAUGGGCGACGGCUCGCCCGUACUUCCGAUCUCCAACAUCCGCGAGAUGCUCGUCAACGGCUCCAUAUACUUCCUGCCUUUCGGGGCGGAAAACUACCGACACGACGUCCAUUCGGCGGUCUACAGGUGCCAGGCAUCGAACAGCGUUGGCCGCGUCCUCGGACGCGAGGUCACCAUUAAGGCCGUGGUGCGGCAGAAGUACGAAGUUCAAGUACGCGACGCCUACGUUCUCUCGGGCAACACGGGCGUCCUAAGGUGUGAAAUCCCGGCCUUCGUCAAGGAAUACGUAUCGGUGACUUCCUGGGUGCAGGACUCGGCCUUCAACAUUUAUCCCACCCCUGACAGUGAUGGAAAAUACCACAUGCUGCCGACGGGGGAGCUCCUUGUGUUCUCCGUAAUUUCCGCGGAUGCUCACGCGAGCUAUCGCUGCCGUACUGUCCAUCAUGUCACCGGGAGCACAGUCGAAAGUUCCUCCUACGCUCAUCUAGUGGUUACGGAGCACCGGAAUCCAGUGCCGCCGCGCUUCAACGAGCACAUGAACCCGGCGCCAGUAAAGACCGGCGAGACGAUCGUCCUCUCGUGCAUCUCCCAGGGCAUCCCGCCGCCCAUGUAUCUCUGGUUCCGGGAGUCGGCGAGCACGGGCCCGGAGAUGGUCGGCAACUCGGAGCGCGUCCACGCGCGCUCGGGAGUCCUCGUUGUCCAGCAAGCGAGGCUCGAGGACGCCGGCCGCUACGUCUGCCACGCGAACAAUACCGCGGGCUCCGAGAGGGUCGAGCUCGAGGUCUCCAUUAUCAGUGGACUGACGAUUCGCGUCGCACCACAGCAGGUGACGGUGGACCUUGGGAAAGACGCAGAGUUCCAAUGCUCGGUACAGGGACAGCCGAUGCCGACCGUAUCCUGGGCGAAGGACACCUUGCCCAUUCGCGAGGGUGCCUCAGGACGGACGAAGAUUCUCGGUAACGGAGGCACGACCCUCCACGUGGCUUCGAUAACGCGCGACGAUAAGGGAAUGUACCAGUGCUUCGCCAAAAACGACAACGAAAUGGUUCAGGCUACCGCGGAACUUCGCCUUGGGGAUGCGACGCCUCAACUAGUUUACAAGUUCAUCGAGCAGACGAUACAGCCGGGACCCUCGGUAUCCCUCAAGUGCAUCGCCACGGGUAAUCCAACGCCGCACUUCACCUGGACCCUCGAUGGCUUCCCCCUUCCGCAGAACGACAGGUUCAUGAUCGGUCAGUACGUGACGGUACACGGCGACGUCAUCUCGCACGUGAACAUCAGCGCGGUACGCGUGGAGGACGGCGGCGAGUAUCGAUGUGCAGCGGUUAACCGGGUGGCCAAGGUCCAUCACGGGGGAAGACUCAACAUCUACGGGCCGCCCCAUGUCCGACCAAUGGGCAAUUACGCGGCCGUAGCCGGGGAGACGACCGUCAUCAAGUGCCCGGCUGCCGGCUUCCCCAUCGGCGCCAUCGUCUGGGAGAAGGACGGCCAGGUUCUGCCGACAAGCCGUAGGCAGGAGGUAUCGAGCAACGGGACCCUCACGCUCCACAGGGUCGACAGCAAUACCGACAAGGGCGCCUACACGUGCACGGCCAAGAGCCAGCAGGGCAGGUUCGACUCGCAAACGGUGCACAUCGAAGUGAAAGUGCCACCCCAGAUAGCGCCCUUUACCUUUAACAAGGAUUUGUCGGAGGGCGUGCGCGCCCAGGUGACCUGCGUGAUCGAGAAGGGCGACGCACCCUUCGUCAUCGGCUGGUCGAAGGACGGCGAGCCGAUAGAUAGCCUCGGGCCCUACGGCCGCUACGGCGGGGCCCAGCACAUGCCCGGCCUCAGGGUCACCAGCAUCGACGCGCAUUCCAGCACGAUCGUCAUCGAGAGGGUGGCGGUCAAUCACACGGGCAACUACACGUGCCACGCUCGCAACUCCGUCGCCGAGGUCUUGCACACGGCGGAGCUCGUCGUGCGCGUGCCCCCACGAUGGUUAACCGAGCCCCAGGACGUCCACGCACCCGAGGGCAUGUCGCGUCUAAGCCUCCACUGCCACGCGGACGGCUUCCCACCACCGAGUGUCACCUGGCGCAAAGCCAGCGGCAACAAGCCCGGCGACUACAAGGACAUCGCCGGCCACGAGCACAGCCACGACCCCAAAAUACACUCGAACGGCUCCCUCGUAUUCGCCCGGGUGCAGGAGGACCACGAGGGCUUCUACCUCUGCGAGGCGGUAAACGGCAUUGGCGCUGGACUCAGCAAAGUCGUCUACCUUACCGUUAACGCCCCGGCUCACUUCACCGUCAAACACGAGAACCGCACUGCUCGUUUGGGCUCGAACGCUUCGCUACGCUGCGAGGCUAAGGGCGACCAUCCCCUGAAAAUCGUCUGGCGCAAGGCGGGAUCGCAGCUCGAGCCCGCUGUCUCCGAUUAUCGCUACAUGGUCAAGGAUGUGAACACGACCGAGGGAGCGGCGAGUGUCCUGGGCCUCGUCGGCACUACGAGGGACGACAGCGGCCGGUACUACUGCAUCGCCAGCAACGCCUACGGUCGCGACGAGAUGACCAUACAUCUGUAUAUUCAGGAACCCCCGGACUUUCCAAGAAAUUUGCGCGUUGUUGAGAAAGGAAGUCGCUUUAUAAAGCUCGGGUGGAUAACGAGUCAGGAUGGCAACAGCCCCAUCACGCAAUACAUCAUCGAAUACAAAACCGAAGCAGAAGUUUGGCACGACCAUACGUUUCACACGACGGUGCCCGGGACUCAGGCACACGCCCACAUAAGCGGCCUUCGACCAGCGGUUACAUAUCAAUUUCGCAUUUUCGCCGAGAACGAACUUGGCAGAAGUCAGCCAAGUGACAUUUUAGACGCGAUGACGGAAGGUGAAACGCCAGGUGGACCGCCUAAGAAUCUGAAGAUCGAGUCUGUGAGUUCGACGGAAUUGAAAGUAACGUGGGAUCCACCGGACGAUGAUUUGUGGAAUGGCGAAAUUCUUGGUUAUCACGUUGGCUAUAAGGAGCAAAGGCACGGCUCCGAGUACGUCUACCGCACAGUCGAAGGCCGCAUCUCCACGGCCAGCAUAGCUCUUGGACUGGCAAGGACGGCGAUACCAGGUCGACAGUGUCAGAUCAUGAAUCUCAAAAAGUACACUCGCUACAGCCUCGUAGUCCAGGCUUACAAUGCCCUCGGAGCUGGGCCCAUGACUCCCGAGGUUAUCGCCACGACGCUGGAAGACGUGCCGUCAAGUCCGCCGCAAGACGUCCGAUGCACGGCUCUGACCUCGCAAUCUCUCCAAGUAUCAUGGGACCCACUUCCAAAUUCGAGCCUCAACGGGAUACUCAAGGGUUACAAAGUCAUGUAUGAGAACAUGGACGCGCUCACCGAUUCGACCAAAGUUGAAACCAAAAGCACCACUGCCCUCACCGUAGGAUUAACCAAUCUGGAGAAGCAUACCAAUUACUCGGUGCAGGUGUCGGCGUUCACGCUAGCGGGUGACGGCGUGGCCUCGGCGCCGCUCUACUGCGUGACCGAGGAGGAUAAGCCGGAGAUGCCGGCGGGGAUAAAGGCGGUCGCAAGCUCGGCGACCUCGAUAAUCGUCUCAUGGCAGUCGCCGCUACGCAGCAACGGCAUCAUCACCUCCUACAGCGUGCACGUACGCUCGGUCGGACCUGAUGGCAAAUGGUACCGGAGGGCUCUACCGCCCCACGAAACGAGCUACCUCGCCGAGAACCUCCACAAGAAGAACCAGUACGAGUUCAACAUCGCGGCGGUGACGUCGGUGGGUGACGGGCCCCGCACCCCAUCUAUCAUUGUCUCGCCCUCGAGCGAAGUACGAGCAGCGAUUUACUCGUUCGGAUCAAUUCUCGUCGUACCAUGGAAGCAAGACGUCCUGUUGCCUUGUCAGAGGGUUGGGAAACCGGAGCCUACAGUCACGUGGAAACAGUGGGGUCAAGUUAUCCGGCUCGGAACAUCGCUGAGAGUCACUUUGGAAAAUGACGGCUCGUUACAGAUUAGAGACUUGCACAGGGAAGACAGCGGCAAUUAUACUUGUUUCGUGGAAAAUCGCUAUGGAUCUGAUCAAAUUACGCAUCGGCUAACUGUGCAAGUACCACCGGCGGCACCAAUGCUACACGCAACCAGCGCCACCAGCAACUCCAUUAAUGUCCAAUGGAAAAACGGGGACGACGGGGGCGCCCCGAUUCGCGGCUACAUCCUGCACUUCAAGCGCGAGUUCGGCGAGUGGGAGGAGAUCAAGCUAUCGCACAAGAGCAGCAGCUACCAAUUGUCGCAGCUGUGGUGCGGCACCGACUACCAGGUCUACCUCACCGCGUACAACCGUAUCGGUAUGGGCUCACCGAGCGAGAUCGUCAAGGCGACGACCGAGGGCUCGAAACCCGACGACUCGCCCGCCAACGGCGACAAGUUCAUAACUGUCAACGUAUCAUGGAUCACGCUUCACCUGCAUGCCUGGGGCGACGGCGGCUGCCCCAUCACCUACUUCGAGCUCGAAUACAAGAGGAGCGGCGAGGAACUGUGGACCCUCAUGUCCAACAAUAUCGAGGUGCAGAAAUCGUACACGUUGAGCGAAUUGCAGCCGGGCACGAGCUACGAGGUGCGCAUAAGGGCACACAACAAUGCGGGAUCCUCGGUGGCCGAGUACAAAAUAACAACGCAGCAGCCGCACACGAGUUCCACGGUACCGGCCCUCGACGUCGACAGAUUCAUACCCCAGCAGACGCCUGCUUACGCGGACAUCAAACUGAUCGUUCCUCUCGUCUUGAGCUCGUUCGCCGUCAUUGUCGCCGCAGGCACCGUCUUCUACUGCUUUAAAAAACGGAGCCUUCAUGAUGCGCAAACGGCCGCGGCAUUAGAUAAUAAACAAAACAUGGAACAACGGGAGCAGUACUACGCGACUGUGCGGAAGCCCCUGCGCUCGCCAAUUCACGAGAUUGGUACGUUGGAAAGGAUACCAGAGUACUCCGAGGACAUCUACCCGUACGCAACUUUCCAAUUGAAGGAAAGUGUUCCGGCGAGCGCCGACAGCCGCUGCGACUCCGCGGCGCCGCUCCAGACCUUCGUCUACCACGAUCCCCGGCUCACGAGCGCCGACACCCUGCAGCUCCGAGAGUCGGAUUGCAACCGGUACGCUAAGGUGCGCGGGGGCCGCUCGUCCUCUGCGCCGUUGCAUAAAGCAGCGCACAAGACGAGUCAGGGCAAGUCCGAGUCGGAAGAGUACGACACCCUGGGCUCGGACAGCGACACGGAAGUCGGGACCAGCAGCCGAACCGAGUCUUCCAAUCACCUCGUCGAUUCCCAUCACUCGGCCUCUGCGACCGAUGCGCGCGUUCACAACUUCUUGUACCAUGGACCAGAAUCUAGCACGUCUACAGAACCCUCACCGAUUUUUGAGAGAAAAUCGUUUCCUGGAAGGGGAAGACCCAAGAUGCUACGGCUGGCGCGUUAUACCGGCGAGGAGACCAGGUCAAGCCUCGUCGUCGGCCCAGCAAUCGGGCAGCACGGGGGGUCUCGCCCUGCCAAGCACCAGCCGUGCCCUAACGUCCAGGAGCGUGACGGACCAGGCCACAACAUGUUCAUCCCCAAGCUGGAUCCACCCUCGGGCUUCUCCGACGCGCUUGAACUGACCGACGCCGAGUGCGAGCAACUCGACCGCGGCCAACGCAACCUACGCGACUUUGUCAUCGCGGUGUAAAUAAGGUGCCGGGAGCUACCUGGAACCGCGGAUCCUGGGCUCCCGGUUCGACGGACUACGAUGAGAUGGAAGACCCGGUCGAGCACGAGAUGAGAUACGCGAAUAUCGGCCGAACGUAUUUAUUAUUGAGGUGAAAUUGGGGCUGGCCAUCCCCAUUAUACAUAUUAACGACGUGACGCGGCUAGAUUGGGAUGGGUGGGCGUCGAGGGGAGGGGGAUAUAGGAGAUGAGGCGAUCGAGGAAUAGAGCCAGAGAUUGAAAAUAACCCGAUGAUCGUACAUUUUUCAAGGUCUCAGAUAGAUAAAAUACACGCCAACAUGUUGUCCUGUUGAUAUCGCAUACUUUAUAAUAUACAUAAUACAUAUA